ACUGGCCAGUGAAACAUUAGAGGCAACCGCUCGGUAGCAGUCGGAGGGUGUCUGUGUGGGUUACUGUCAACGCCUUGUAGUCAACGACUGACGUUAUGCGUACAAAGCUAUGGCAGCAUUAACCAGGACCAGAGCGGUAUUGUUCCUCCAAGACAUUUUGGGCAUCAGUGUUCCUUGUGAUAAAGCGGAUGGUCGGCCAAGAUGCGACCUACCAUUCCUCAACUGCAUCAUCAGGGAGUUUAUGAAGAAACUUCCGUUCCAGUCCGUCACACUCAUAGCUGAAGAUCUCGCGAGACGUCACGUGCCCACCAUGUCGGAGAUCGUGGAGGCCAUGUUUAAACAACAUGGCGGCGUGUGCCAUUCCCUCAACAGUUUCAUGUUCUUCUUGCUGGAAGGUCUCGGUUAUGAUGUCACCCUUGGCCACGCUUUCGUGUUCGUUGAGGUAGAUGAACGCCGUGACAACCAUAUAAUAGUAUUUGUCCACAAUUUGGUAACGGAAGGAGACAUGUUCCUGGUCGACGUUGGCUUCGGCGAGCCGUCGUUUGAGGCUGUUUCAUUGGAUUUCGAAACCGAAUCUCCGCUUUUUAAACACUCAUACCUUGAGUAUAAGUUCUUUAAGCAAGACGGGAAGAUCAUAAGGGCCAAUGGAAAGGGCGACAUUCGGCUAACCAGAGACCCAAAGCCUUGGGAGGUUUGUAUCGGACCAUGGCGAGGAGCGUAUGAGUUUCGAACAGAAAACGCCAGACGGUUUGACGAGUUUCAGAAGUGUUACCAUCACCAGUAUGCAUCAUUAGAAGGAAUGCUCUUUCAGAGAAGCCUGAGAGCGGUGAUGUAUCCCAAUGGCAAAGCAUUGAUAAUCCUCCAUAGCAACAUGCUGUGUGAAAACGAGUCUGGUGACCUUGUGAAAUGCCCACUUGCGGAUGACGAGACUAUUUUGAAAACGUACUUGAAACAUUUCCCUCAGUUUGAAGAGGAGAUGGUAAAACGAGCUAUAGCCAACUGGAGGAAACAGAUGCAAGAAUAG